CAGUGCUCUACAUAUUGCGAUGCAAUUUGGCCGGAACGACAUCUUUGAACUGCUAUGCAACGUCUAUAAAGCGGACCGCGAUCUGCUUGAUUGGAGUGGUAAGAAACCGCUGGAAUACCAGAAACAGAUGACAAGUGUGUCGGCGUCCACCUACAGCAAAAUCAAGGCCAGGAAAAAGCAUACAGAAAAAGACUCGGGAUUCCUGAGGAUUGGCUCACUGAACGUUCGAGUGAAGAAAACGACAGAAGCCUUCAGCAACUUUUUGGGAGUUGGGACCAACGCGACACGUCUCCCUCCGACUAUGAGAACUAGCGCACCACCGAAUUCGGCCUACUUUGAGAAGUUGCACAAGAGUUGGGGCUCUGCCGACAAUAUACCACAUGAGGACGGCGUGAUGCCACCACCCAAAUAUGGUUCCGUGAAAAAGCGUCGACCGAAGCGGGACGUUGAGUACGAUCCGGGCAACGAUCAUUUCAGCCAAAGUGUGCCGACUACUCCUAGUCAGACACGGGCCCCAAUUGGUAUAUUGUCGGAGAAUCCCGAUACAGAAUCGGAAAACCCAGGUGAUUCCGAUUCGGAUACAGCAUGCGGCUUUGAUUCAAAUUGGAGACCGACAUAUCUUUGACAGUAUGCUGCAGAUUUCACACUAAUCCUACUCAAAUAUUACAGCAUUUAUAUUACUUAAAA